AUGAAACCCUUAGUUUUGGUUCUUUACUCGCCAGCGGUACGAGCAGCCACACUGGGCUCCUGGAGGAUGCUCACCCUGGGGGCGGAGUACGAGGACACCUGGGCUCAGUCACCUGACAGGGGCGGCACUCCCGGAUGGCGCGCAGAGGACGAGCCACCGGGGCUUGGAGAGGCUGAAGACCCCAGAGAGCCGUCGUGGAAAGCGGCUGAAACCGAGCAAAAGUAUGACGCAGUUUUGCACCUGGACGGGCUGAGCAGAACCGGAAGAAGAGACGGUGUACGUCAGGUAGUUAGAAGGCACGAGGCCCUGAAUAGCGUGCCAUGGCCUCGAGGGUGAGUGAGAAAAACACUAUCUGUACACCAUACAAAUGUUUGCCGAGCAAGAAAACAAACAAUCAAAACAAAACAAACUGAAAACUAUAAAGUUGUGUAAAAGAAGCGUCAUGAGGCCUAACCUGGUUACCCUGCAGACUUUGUUGGUCCCACAAAAUGAACAGGGGACCACUACAGUCACUAAGAAACGCGAUUUGGAGAAAAGAUAAAAUUAGGGCUGACUCUGCCAAAGUGGAGACUUGUUUUGUUGGGCUAGCAGGUUUUAAAAUCAUGGCGUUGGUAUUUGGUUCCUACAUGGCUGUAUUUGGACCCUGGAUUGUGUGUCUCAGUGUCCUGUGGUUAGGAGGUCACCUGCCAGUUACUGGUUACAACUUCCUGAAUUAUAGUUUUACCUCAAAUAGGAUAAUUGCACAAUAGUGAACAUCAUGGCUAGAAUUGACUUAGAAUUAAUAACAGAGACUGAGUGUAGGUUGGCUCAAUCAAUGCUGAGGUAGGCCUCAAUCAUCAAUGUUUUUGGAACCAGUGGACUAAUCCCAUUCAAGGGCUGAGUGUCUGUCUGCAGUUAUUGUCUGAAUUUCUUCCAACUGGUUUGUGUUUACUUUAUUGAUAUUAUUAUUAUUACUAUUUUUAUAACCUUUGUUUAACCAGGUUUGUCCCAUUGAGAUCCAAAAUCUCUUUUGCAAGAGAGACCUAUGGCAGCACAUAUAGUUUCAAUACAUAAUCACAUUAAUCAUAUACAAUACAAAGAAUACAAAAAAAAAAAACCCACAGAGUUUUCAAAAUUAGUUAAAAGAAUUUACAAGAUUCGUCAAACAUUUGCACUCCUGAAGCCUGGAUGUAAUGGAAUUUAUCAUGGAUUUGUGUACAUUCAGAGAUACCAGACUUUGGAGUUUCAGGUCUGAUUACAAGAUGUUCCAUGUACUCGGAACAGAAAAUCUAAAAGCUUUCUUCCCCGUUUCUGUUUGUACCUUAGGAACAGUAGUAGUAACAGUAAAAUGAUAGAAGUCCUGGGAGCGGAGACUGUAGGCCGUCUUAUUCAAGAUUAAAAGUGAUGAUAAAUAAGAUGGAGUCAUCUGAAGAAUGGCCUUAUAAAUCAACACAUACCAAUGGCCUAGCCAUGCACAUGUAAAGAUGGUCAAUUUACUUAACUGCAUAAGACACAAUGAUGUAUUAGAGCUCCACAGUUUGUAAUAAACCUCAGAGCACCAUGAUACACACUAUUCAGCAUAUGGAGGCAUUGAUCAGAGGCAUCCAUGUAGAAGACAUCACUGUAAUCAGUAAUUGGAAGAAAGGUUGACCCCACUAGUUUCUGUUUCACCCUCAAAGAGAAGCAAAACUUAUUUCUAAAGUAAAAUCCAAGUAAAAUCUUCAGCUUCUUUACAGUGCUGAAUAUGUUUCUUAAAAGACAAGUGCUCAUCAAUCAAGAACCCCAGAUAUUUAAAAGUAGAUACAAGUUCAGUUUGACCAUUACUGGUGACAAUGACAGACUGACUUGAGCUUGCUGAUUCAGAAUUAGUAAGUUUUGCUUUAUCAGCAUUUAGAACAAGUUGCAGUUGGCAGAGUUGUUCUUGCACUCUAUUAAAUGCAUUCUUCAGAUAUGAAAACACUUCUGCAGGUGUGGAUGUUUACACACCAAAAUACUGAAUUAUUUGCAUGCAGUUAUCAUAUUUGGCUGUAUGACUGUUUUGUGAGGUCCAUGCCUUUCCAUAUGCAUACCUAGAAUGGCAGACCCUGUGGCAAGGAGAACACACCUCCCCUCCUUUUCAUGUGCAAUCAUUAAGAAUAAUGGCAGGUAGAGCAGCAGCAAGAAACCUGGGAUACAGUAUGGAGCAGAACACACAUUUUUUUAAUUUGCCAUGAGAUAAUAUGGGCCGUGUUUGACUUCAUGACCCGCCAGGGCCAGUUCAAUAUUUUUGGUUCUCUUUAUAAAUGUAGUUUUGGAGUUUUUAACAUGCAGCCCAAAGUUUAGAUCCUUGAGAAAGAUCAGUUAUUAUGUUCCCACAGACUAUGAAAAGAAAUGAAAGAAUGGUUAGUGGUCUUGGUUUGGGAAACUAACUGCAUGGAGAGCGCAGAUGGCUCAGAAGUCUAAGGGGAGACUAUCAUCCUUGUAACCGCGGUCGCUGGUAUGAUUUCUGGUUUCAUUUCUUUGCUGCAGGCACAUUACCCCCAUAGUAACUUAAGAUGGCGGUAAAAAUAAAACUCAAAUGAUAGACAAAGUGAAUAGAUGAACCCAUACACAGUAGAAACAAAGCUCACUGCUCAGGAGAGGAAUAAAAUGGCCACAACAUAUGUAAUCUAAUUUUGACAGUAUUGAGCUGAUAAAGGAUAACCAGUUAUUAAAGCAAAACUAAUCCAAAAAAAAAAAAAGGGAAAACAAACAAACAAACAGACAAAACAAAAAAGUAAAAUAAUGAAGGCCAAAAUGAAGAUCUUUACGGUAAAGCCUAUAGUGACAAAGUCAUGUAAUGGUGGGAUAGAUAGGCAGAUAGGUGAAAGGAUAAGUAUAUUGAUUGACUGAAUACAAAUAUAUAAAUCACGUUAUUUUAUUCUUUUGCAGUACAUAAGCAAGACCACUAGAUGGCACCUCUGUUGAAUCUGAAACACUGGCCACUAAUGAUUUGGCUCCAGAGAGCUGAGUCACAAUUUUUUUGGAGUCUGAAAAGGUAAAAAAUAAAAGACAAAUGACAAGAUCUUUAAAUUGGACUGCUUUAGUUGUAUUUACCAUAAAGUAGAGGUCAAGAUUGGGUGAAAAUUGAAAAAGUGGAUUUUUUUUUUUUUGCGGGUGUUUGUGACGGUGAAAUGCAGGCCCAUUGAAAGGAGGGGGGUAAUUUUUUCCCCUGAAUUGAAACGUAUGUUAUCUGUACUAAGGUGCCAUCUGCCAACAUAGACUUCACAUUAUUUGCCCUAAAGACAACCAAUUACUCACCUGUUAUACCUUUUGUGUCAUGUUUUAGUGUUGUUGUCUUCUUAUCCUUUUAUUCAAAAGGGAUAACUAUAAAUUAAACUUUAUUGAACAGCCUAUCAGACUAACAACUUCAUAUUUCAAGGCAAUUAUUACCAGCUAGCGAAUGACGUGUGAUCUUUAGUAUUUUUAAACCCAUUUGAAUUAAAGACAGAACAAUAAAAGUGACAUUUAAUAUCAAUGAUAGGCCUUAGAUGUAAGUCUGCACAGGGAAAAAAUGAUGUUGCAUUAAUUCAUUUUUCUAAAUCUGAUUUGAAAAGUCUAGCCAUCAUCUCCGGGAAAUGCUACACACCAAAUGUUCCCAACAGUAAUUAGUGUUUACCUAAGCAGACUAUUAGCUACAUUUGGUCUCUGAACCUUUGAAGCCACCAUAACCACGCCUCUUUUAGUUCCUGUCUAUGAUAAAUAACCAAACACUGAUGCGCAUCAGUAGAACACAUGAGAACACUCACAAUAUCAACCUCAACAGUGGUACAAUAAAAUACACUAAAAUCAAAUGGACAAAAAAUCAAAACUUACUGGUCAGAAUUUCCUGUGGGAUGUAUGACUCAUUUUAUUUUUUUGCAAAGGCAGAGCAGAGGAUGUGACUUCACACUGGGAGAAGAUGAACUUCAGCAAAUAAACCAAAGGACAAAUGUAGUUUGGUUAAUGAAGGAUGCAUGGACACAUAAAGGGGAGUCAGGACUUUCUAAAGAAAUCAUGGAUUCUGUGUCCUUCUCUCUGGUGAGAAGAGGGACCACCCAACAUGCACACAAUUAAAAAGCCAGCACCCACAAUGAAUGGAGGCAGGAUGCAGAAGUGCUGAUGACAUUAGUUCACACAUCUAGUAGUAUUCUAUUCAUGCUGAACACUAUGUACACGCUACCAUCCAGGUGCAUCAUUUUUCAGAGAAGACCUUGCAUAUUUCUGCAGGGCAAUGCAAGUUUGGCUCCAUACUAGAGGGGUGUAGUUGCUAAACUGGCUUGACUGCAGUCCGAACCCACUGAAAACAUUUGGUACAUCAUCACUAAACAAAAAUAAUCUUAUAUUAGACACAAAUGGAACAAUAUUCCACUUUCAAAUCUCCAGAAACUGAUGUCCAUGGUUCCCACAUUUAUAGAGUAUCACAUAAAGAAGAGGUGAUGCAACACUAUGGAAAAAUGCCUGUCUCAACUGGAACAGGUAGUGGUUGGUUGCAGGGCUCAUAUGGGAACAGUAUUAGCUUAAUGAAUUAUGAAAAUAAGUUACAUCCUAAAGAGUUUUAAGUCCAUUUCUUCCAAUAUCUGGUGUGUUUCUCUGAUCACAGUCAUAGGGAGUUCAACAGUUUCUUCAUGUAUUUCACUGACAAUAGCAACUCAGCUGGUCUUGGAUGGUGAGGUUUUUUGGUUUCACAAGAAGCAACUUUGCACUCUUUUCAGUUAAACGUGGGAUUUAAAAUGAUUUUCAAAUUCAGUUUCUGUUUUUAAAGCAUUUCCCUCUGUAACAACUUUUCUGUGUUGUAGGGGAGACCGGGGCUUGUUGUCACAUGGGUAAGUUGUCACGUUGCAAUUAUCUUUGCCACCAGAGGGCGCAACUAAAAAGGGAAAACUAGUUUUCUUCCUUUACAUGGUCAGGGGUCGUGUCCUGUCUGAGAAGAGAAGAUCACAUUGUGAGCUGAGAUGAGUGCCAAUUAACCAUUUUGCACAACCUAAAGUAAAAAAAAAAAAAACUUUAUAUAUUUUAAAUUAAGCUUCUUUCAGAUAAAAAUCCUAGCAGUGAUACAUGUGGACUUGUUAGAGGAGAGAUUAAGGCGACCUGUCAUACCUCAGUCAUUGUUCUGUUUUUGUAACACUUUGGAGAUACCUGAACCACCGCCACGCAACCGACGUUGAAUAACUUAUCAACAAUAACAUCUUUGGAUACUAACUCAAAGUCACGGCUGACAUCUAUUUUGCUGCCCUCAGCACCACGUUAAGCUCCAUGUCUGCUCAUUCAAUUUACUUCUCCUGUUUACUUCUCCUACAUCUUAAAGAAGUGAGCAGGAAAAGCUCGACUCUGAUUGGCUAUUGUGACACACACUUCCACUAUGUUUGAUCGAGUAAAUAUGCUCACAGCUGAUCACCGUGAUCAAACUGAAAUUUAUCACGAUCACAAUCAUAUAAUCGCCCAGACCUACCAAUAACCAAACGAUAUUUGCGGUCACGUGACUUGCGGUUCCGUUUUCUGGAGCGAUUGAGUUUGUCCUUUGUGGACGCAAACUGGACCAGUUAAACGAUCAAAACAAAUGUAUCGUCUUGCCUUGGAUUCGAAUCAGGAAAUUGACCUCUAGGUGGGAACACGACCUAAGAGUGUAAAAAGUGUGACAACAAGCCCCGGUCUCCCCUACCUCAUAUGUAAGAAAGUGUUGAGUUUUUGCAAUCAAGGUAGGUCUGUAAACCCUGUGCAGUCAGUGAUGUAAGUCUGCAGACCGGCUUUUGAGAGAAAUUGGUUUAUCCUUGCAGUUGCUCACUGUUGAAAGCACUCUGUAUUUUAUAACAUGUGAUUUCCCCUUGUUGAUGCUAGGAGAAAGAUUGAUUAACACUCAUGUUUAAACCCUCAGGGCUUUUUUUCUUAACUUGAGUUUUUCAGUCUCCUGGAUGCAGCCAACAGACGGUGAGCGCGUCUGCACGCUCCACUCACCGAUAGGCUCGUGUUGGUCACAUGCGCUCUUCCUUAUUCCUCUGAGGACUUGCUUUAUAGCCCUCAGCCCCCAUACAGAGAGCGAUCAAACACAAUCACAGGACUACUGCUCGUCUUCGAUUGGCUUGUCUUAUCGUUGUUUUUUAGCCGGAGGAGAGAUCAGAGGGAUUGGAGUGUUUUUUUUUCUGACACUUUAUGUGAUUUUGACUGACAUCCUGAACGUUUCAACUGGUGUUUUCACGCUGACACGAUGCUGUCAGGGUUUUGGACAGAGGCUGGGUGGUGUGGUUUCCUUUCACCGUGAUUUUUCUUUCCUCUCUCCCACUCCGAGGAUGCAACAGCCUGAGCGAAGUGAAUCAUUUCUCUGCUGAAGUGUUUUUUUUAUCGCUUUAAACUUUCAUCUGUAAAAUUCAACUGAAGAUGAAUGAGUGGGAAGGAUCCAAAGAAAAUGGUUUUCUAUAAUGCCAGCUUAUUUUUCCUUUUUCCAAACGCAGCGCUUCACUCUCUAACGCUAAAGCUGUGGGCUUGGAUGAACUGUGUUGGUUGUGAUGCGUCUAUCCCCUAUUUCCACUGACACCAGUUUGGAUUUUUCCUUUUGGAUCUGUGCGUUUCCAGAAUGGCUCGCUUCGCAGAAGAUCUCCCUACCCGCUAUGGAGGAAGUGCAGGCAGCGGAGGGAGAGGAGGACCUCCGGGCGCAGGGAGAGGGGGAGCCCGGGGCGGCGGUGGCGGUGGCGGUGGCGCUCCGGGUGGCCAAAGGGUUUACAAGCAGUCGAUGGCCCAGAGAGCCCGGACCAUGGCCAUUUACAACCCGAACCCUGUUAAACAAAACUGCCUCACUGUCAACCGCUCCCUCUUCAUCUUCCGCGAGGACAAUCUCAUCAGGAAGUAUGCCAAGCGAAUAACAGAGUGGCCAUAUCCUUUCUGA